GAAAUUCGUGGCGUCGGAAUCGGAGUUGGAAGAGAGGAACCCGAAUGAUUAUUUCCGCGGUCUGUUCCGUCUAAAGACGUAUCACGAGGUGAUAGACGAGAUCUACUACCAGGUGUCGCACGUGGAGCCGUGGAUGACGGGCAACUGUCGAGGGCCGUCCACGGCGUUCUGCCUGCUCUACAAGUUCUUCACCAUGAAGCUCACGGUCAAGCAGGUGCAAGGGCUCAUCACGCACGCGGACUCGCCGUACAUUCGCGCGGUCGGCUUUCUGUAUAUCCGGUAUAUGGCAGAGCCUAAGACCCUGUGGGGCUGGUGCGAGCCGUAUAUCAAGGACUCAGAGGAAUUCUCCCCGGGGACUAAUGGCAAGAACACCACCAUGGGGAAUUACGUGCGCGACCUGCUGCUGGGGCAGUACUACUUCGACUCUCUCUUCCCCCGCAUCCCAGUGCUCAUCAGCCGUCAGAUCAUCUCCAAUCUUGAGGCUCUGAAUCUGCCCACCCAGCCCUCAGGCGUGGCAGCAUCAGCGGAUAGAAGGGGUGCAGACGACAGCGCCGCCCGGCGGCCGCCCUCGGUGAAGGCUGCCUUCCGUGAUCGCUCGAGAUCAAAGGAGAGGAGUGCAGAGAAAGAGGAGAAGAAGAGUGUAGUUUCGGACCAGCUGAAGAAACUGAGGGAUCUGUAUGGGGAUGGAGGGAGCAAAAAGGAGGCGCAGCCGUCACAGGGAUACAGGGGGAGAGGGGACGACGAGAUGAUUCGACUGGGAGGGUCCACUUGGAAAUAG